AGAAAAUUUUCCCGCCAAUUUAUUUAUUUAUUUAUUUGUGUAGUAAUGUGUAGGUGCAUAAUAUAAAAUUAUCUACAGAAACAAAAUACAUUUUAUACACAAUGGAUAAAACAGUGGUUAACAAAAAAGAGAGAACUUUAGAAGAUAUCAAAGGAAUAUUAUCCUUAGCAAAACUAAAUAUUGACGAUCUCAAACCUACGUCCCAAGCAUUGUAUUUCACGCCAGAAAAUUUACACGAGCACGAUUAUAAACUAUUACAAUUAGAUCCUUACUUACUACAAGAAAUUACAGAAGGUUCAAAACUAUGUUUUAAAGGAGAACAACAUGAAGAAGUGGUCAUCUGUUCCGAUACUCGUACUUUUCAUGUUGUAGAAGCCGAAACAUCAAAUAGUUUAUUACUUACAACCGGUUUAAAAUUCUGUAAAGAUUUGGACGAUUCUAAAUCUAAUAUACAAAAAGUAACAGUAAGAGCUAUAUUUUAUGAUUACUUAGAAGCUACAGUGGGUAAACCAAAUUUAAAAAAAAUAGAUGAUUUAUUAAAAAAAUCAUUAUAUUGUGGACCGGAAAAUGAAUACAAAAUAAACAAAGGCAAUUUAAUAACUCGACAACAGUUAUGUGAAAAUGUACAAGCUUCACAUAAAGAAAUAAACAAUGCUUUAGAAUCAAUGACUGUGAUAGAAAUUGACAAUAAAAUUAGACUUUUAGACAUUGAAUAUCACUUUAGAGUACUAUCUUAUAUGCUUAAAUUAAUAGAUGAAAAUUCUUGGGAACUAGAUGAAGUGGAUUUCAAAGAAACUGUUGAUUCUUUACAAAAUUUAGCUCCUAAAGAAGUACUAUCUAAUUUAUUCGAUAAAUAUGCAGAGGAAUCCAAAGAAAUUGAUGGAAUUCCGUUAUAUAGAUACAAAGAAGAUGUAGUUUGCAAAUUUUUUGCUCAAGUUUUGCUGCACGAUACUGGAAAGUUUAAUUUAGAUGAAUUUUUGCAAGCUUGGAAGGAGUCUGUGCCUGAGGGAAUGGUACCAGACGAAGAAAUGCUUUAUGGCAUCGCUAUCAUUGAUAGGAAGUCUGUUCCAAAUGUAAUUUGGGCUUUUGAUGAGAACAAUUUGCCUGAAAAUAUCAAUGAGAGGUUUAAAAUUUUGUUCGAGGCUAAAACAAAGUGGACCAUUCCAGAAAUAUCUCCUUAUAUAAAGAGAUUAGCAACAGAUAAACUUGAUGUAAAUGCUUUGUUGGCCAAAUAUGCUCGUGCUUCCAAAGUAGAUGGUGUCAAAUUUUAUUCUUCAAAGCACGGAAAAUGAAUUUUGCAUUAAAUAUAUUGAAAC